AAGCUAUUUUAAAAUCUACAAAUUCUGCCUUAACUACUAAUCGAUUUGCAUUACCCUCUUGGUUAGAUAAUUCCAUAAUAAAUGCGAUCAAUUGGCUCAAAGACAACAAUCCCUACUUAUGUAGAUAUUCUCAAAUAAUUUCUUCUAACUUAACUAUGCAUUACCUUUUUCCAUCUGCUUCUCAUUUACUGGAUAAUGAAAAUACUUCUCCAGUUCAAUAG